CAGUCUGUAAUUCGCCGAGGCACCAGAAAGCCAUAAAACGAUUCCCCGCAGAGAUGUAAAGAAACGAAAUGAGCAAGAAAUGCGACAGAAUUUGUGGGUUUGGCACCUAGAGGCGAGGAGCCAAUGAGGAGCGAGGAGGCCAGGCGGCAUCAGUCGGGAGAGGAGCGCAGUGAACCUAAAGAACUGUAGAAAUUACAAUGUGCUCGCUAAUUUCGUGAUAUUAAUGUGUGGCAAGAUGGCAGAGGAACUUCUGUCCCUAAAGUGGAAUAACCACCAGGCCCAUUUUGUGGAUAUCCUUACAUUCCUGCGGGAACAGGAAAUUUUUGUGGAUGCCACUUUGGCCUGUGGUGGGAAGCUAUAUGCAGCACAUAAGUUUGUUCUCAGUACCUGUAGUGACUAUUUUAAACAGAUGUUUACUAAGAACCCUAGUAAACAUCCAAUAGUGUUUAUGAAAGAUGUGACAUCUCGUGAUCUCGAAGCUCUUUUGGACUUCAUGUACAAUGGUGAAGUGAAUGUUCCUCAGUCUAGUCUAGGAUCUCUUAUUAAAACUGCAGAAGGACUACAAAUAAAAGGUUUAGCAGUGCCUGAUGACCCUCCUGUUUCUAAAAGAGAACGGGAACGUGAUAGAGAGAAAAAAGAUAGUAAAACCCAACAUGAACACCACAGUCCCCCAGCUAAGAGAGCGAGACCUAGAGAAAGAUCGCCUCCACACUCCACUCCCUCCCAACCUCCAGCUUCCCUCCCACAAUCCUCGUAUACUUCGACAACACCUACAGUGCCCAGAUCUCGAUCCCCCCAGCCCCCUGCCCCUUCAGCUGGUGCUUCUCAAAUUGGUAUACCCCCUGUGGAAGCAACUCUAGAUGAGGACAGUAGAACAAGUGUACAGAGUGGUGUCAGUGGACUCAGUGAACAAAAUUCGAGCACAACACCUAGUCUAAGUUCUAAACAAGGCAGCAGUCAACCUGUGGGUAACACAGGAGACAAUGCGUCUCAAUUAGAUCAGUUGCCGCCAAGUCAUAGUGGAGAAGAGCCCUCGCCUGGGCCAUCUGGAAUCCACAAACCUCAACAGUCAAAAGAAGAGCCAGAAAUGGAAAUCAAGCAAGAAGAUGUGGUGGACCUUGGAGAAGAGGAUGAAGGGGACUGGGGUGUUGAAGGGGAUGGGGGAGGGGGUGACUCCUCAGUUGGGUCUGAAAACCAUCCCAAUUUCCCCGAAGUAAUGCUACCCCAUACAGAUGGUUCCAUGCCUCCCUCAGGAGAUCCAGCAAUGAGUGGUGGGGACUCUUUGCUCGGCACGAGGCGGGACUUGAAGAGAGACCCGGAUCUGGCUCCAGCAACUAUCCUGGGGCUUGACUCUCACUUGACCUCAAACUUCUUAAGGGUGGAUGCAGCGGCAGCAGCUGCAGGAGGCAUGUAUCACGCCCUGGUGGACGCUGCUACUGGAAGUCGUACAGAUAUUAUCAAGUCCCAGUUGUCCUUGAAUCCUAUGAGAGCUACAGUGAGGAGUGAUUUUAAAGCAUCACUGAAUCCCACUACCGCCAGUGUCACGGGAUUAGAUGACACAGUUGAACGCCCAUAUCCUUGCCAGUUUUGUGAUGCAAGAUUCAAGAAGAAACAGCACCUCCAGAAUCAUGAAAGGAUUCACACAGGGGAAAAAUAUGUGUGCACACUGUGUGGUCAGGCAUUCAGCAGAAUGCACAUCUUGAAACAUCACCUUGAGAAAAAACAUGCUGACCCACCUAACCCUGUUUAUCACCUUGACCAAUGAACAUACACAUUAAUUAUCAUUCCUUGCUCAACACACUCCAAAAUGAAUUUACUGAAGUGAAGUAUUAGGAACUCACUUAUUAGAUAUUGAAGAAUGUAAUGUAGGUCUUCAUCAGUCAGGAGAUAGUGCUUUUUAAUAUUUGUGAACACAAGAUUAUAUAUGUAUAUUUAAAAUUUGCUUUAAUGGUGAAAAGAUACAAAGAGAAGCAGCUUUCAGUAGUCAUUAUGCUAUUAAGAAUAGAACUUAACUUCUCAUACCUUGAAGUGAUAUAUUUAAAGAAUACUGCAAGAGUGUUCAGGAUUAUGAACUGUGUAUAUUGUGGUCUACUCCAAAUAAACUCUCAUUAUGUUCAUGUGGAUAUGAGAUCUUGUUUUCCCAUACAAAACACAAAAUAUGACAGUAUGUGAUGCAUGCAUGCAAAGAAAAACAACAAUAUGUGAUAUACAUACACAAAAAUUACAUUGUGAUACAUAUGCAUAUUAAAAAAAAUAUAGAUACAGUUACAUUCACACAUGCAUGAAGAUGCAUGUUCAUAAGUUUUAUGUGCAAAGACAGUCUCCAUUGACAUGAUGUCUAUAAAUGCAAAAGUAAUAUUCAUGCUAGAGCCACUUUUCUUUUGCACAUCUUCCCAAAUAGGCUGCAAGGCAGAUGCACUCUCUCUCUCUCUCUCUCUCUCUCUCUCUCUCUCUCUCUCUCUCUCUCUCUCUCUCUCUCUCUCUCUCUCUCUCUCUCACACACACACACACACACACACACACACACACACACACACACACACACACA